AUGAAGGUUGGGCCGCGAAUUACGUAUCAACCGCGAAAGCGAAUAACUGAUUACCUAAAAUCUUUUUCACCGACGUGUUUUCACUGUCAAUCUUUCGACUUUAAUUACCUUGAAUAUCUUUCGUAUUGGUUUCAUAGAAAUCACCUGAAGGCCACUGCAAAGCUCACGUUCGACUUUGGAGCAGUUACUAAAGAUUUGAGCAGCAGGUCUCUGUGCAGUGAAGCUGCAAAACGUCGUGUUGAACUUCUCAAGUUAAUCUCAGAUCCCUCUGCACCAUGUGAAUCAAUUCUGACCGCUUUAAAUCGUUACCUACAGUUAUUAAUGGGCUUUGUUUUGCCCGUUGAUAACAAAACACCCUACAGCAAAUUAAGAGGUCUUGUCUGUGUAAAAUGGUCGGAUAGUAUUAAACCAAAGGGUGAACCAAUUCUCCGUUAUGAUUCAAUAUUUGAGCUUUACUCAAUUAUUUUUAAUGUUGCCUUAUGGUAUACUAAACAUGCAGCAAAAGUUGCUUCUAGUGAAAGUGUUUCAGAGGACGAAGCUAAAGAUGUUCACUUAUCACUACGUACAGCUGCUGGACUAUUUAGUCUUCUAAGAGAGAAAUAUAUGCAUGAGUUUACAGAGUUUAUAAAGAAUAGUGAUUUGGAUCCGAAUAUUUUAGAUGCUUAUAUAAGUCAGUCGUUGGCAGAAGCACAGGAAAUUACUGUAGCUAGGGCGAUUGAAUUAAAGCACAAACCUCAUUUAAUCUCCGCUCUGGCCAACGAAACUGCAAAGUUUUAUGAAAAGUGUGGUAAGUUUUAUAAUAUUGUUCGAGUUGUUUUCUUAUUGUAA